CGCUCAGUCACAGGCUGAGCACUACAGACUAGACCAUGCUGAGGUUUAUCGUGCUGACCUGUGUGCUGUCCUUAGGAGGAAACGCUGUAGCGGGGCAGAGAGAUGGAGAAAUCAUCAGUCAGAUUAAAAUGACAAAUCUUGCGCUGGCUGAGAUUAAAGAGCUUCUAAAACAACAGAUUAAGGAGAUCGUAUUCCUGAAGAACACAGUGAUGGAGUGUGAGGCCUGUGGGAUGGGGGGAGUACAGCCUCGUCCUGCCUGUGUUCCUAACCCCUGUCACCCAGGGGUGAAGUGCAUGGAGACACCUCAGGGUAUAAAGUGUGGACCCUGUCCUGAUGGCAUGGAGGGGAACGGCACCCACUGCACUGAUGUGGACGAGUGCACUGUGAGGCCUUGUCACAUGGGUGUGCGUUGUAUAAAUACCUCUCCUGGUUUUCGCUGUGGCUCUUGUCCUGCUGGAUACACUGGCCCCCAGGUCCAGGGUGUUGGCCUCGCCUAUGCCAAGGCCAACAAACAGGUUUGCAAAGAUAUCAAUGAGUGUGAAGCUAACAAUGGAGGCUGUAUGGCUAAUGCUCUCUGUACCAACACCCCAGGCUCAUUCAGGUGCGGCCCCUGUAAGACAGGCUACAUUAUGGAACAAGGCGUCUGUAAGCCUGAGAGAGCCUGUGGGAACGGCCAACCCAGCCCCUGCCACGCCAGCGCUGAGUGCAUCGUUCAUCGGGAGGGAACAAUCGAGUGUCAAUGUGGAGUUGGAUGGGCCGGCAAUGGCUACCUCUGCGGUCCUGACAUCGACAUUGAUGGUUUCCCUGAUGAGAAACUGGACUGUCCAGAGAGGAACUGCAACAAGGAUAACUGUCUAACUGUCCCGAACUCUGGUCAAGAAGAUGCCGACAGAGAUGGAGUUGGAGACGCCUGCGAUGAGGAUGCAGAUGGAGAUGGGAUCCUUAACACACAGGAUAACUGUGUGCUGGUGCCUAAUGUGGACCAAAGGAACAUUGAUGAGGAUGACUUCGGCGAUGCUUGUGACAACUGCCGGGCUGUCAAAAACAACGACCAGAAAGAUACAGAUGUGGACAAAUACGGGGAUGAAUGUGAUGAAGACAUUGAUGGAGAUGGAAUCCCCAAUCAUCUGGAUAACUGCAAGAGGGUUCCUAAUGCUGACCAGAUAGAUCGCGAUGGAGACAAAGUGGGAGACGCUUGUGACAGCUGUCCAUAUGUUCCAAACCCUGAGCAGACGGAUGUGGACAACGACUUGAUCGGAGACCCCUGUGACACCAACAAGGACAGUGAUGGUGACGGCCACCAGGACUCUCGAGACAACUGUCCAGCCGUCAUCAACAGCUCGCAGCUGGACACAGAUAAGGACGGGAAAGGAGACGAGUGCGAUGAUGAUGAUGAUAAUGAUGGCAUCCCAGACCUGCUGCCUCCUGGACCUGACAACUGCCGUCUGAUCCCCAACCCCCUGCAGGAAGACUCAGAUGGUGAUGGUGUGGGAAAUAUAUGUGAGACAGACUUUGACAACGACACAAUUGUGGAUACCAUUGACGUUUGUCCUGAAAACGCUGAGGUCACCCUCACCGACUUCAGGGAGUAUCAGACGGUUGUUUUGGAUCCAGAGGGAGAUGCGCAGAUUGACCCCAACUGGGUGGUGUUGAACCAGGGAAGAGAGAUUGUGCAGACCAUGAACAGUGAUCCUGGCCUGGCUGUGGGUUACACUGCUUUCAGUGGAGUGGAUUUUGAAGGGACGUUUCAUGUGAACACGGUAACAGAUGACGACUACGCAGGAUUUAUCUUCGGGUACCAGGACAGUUCCAGUUUCUAUGUGGUGAUGUGGAAGCAGGUGGAACAGAUCUACUGGCAGGCAAAUCCAUUCAGAGCGGUGGCAGAACCAGGGAUACAACUAAAGGCUGUGAAGUCCGACACAGGUCCAGGUGAGAACCUGAGGAAUGCUCUGUGGCACACCGGCGACACGAGUGACCAGGUCAAACUCCUCUGGAAAGACUCGCGCAAUGUUGGCUGGAAGGACAAGACUUCAUAUCGCUGGUUCCUCCAACAUCGGCCUGCUGACGGCUAUAUCAGAGUUCGUUUCUAUGAGGGAACUCAGAUGGUGGCGGACACGGGUGUCAUCAUAGACUCUACAAUGAGAGGAGGUCGCCUCGGAGUCUUCUGCUUCUCCCAGGAGAAUAUCAUCUGGGCCAACCUGCGUUAUCGCUGCAACGACACCAUUCCCGAGGACUUUGACACCUACAGAGCCCGGCAGGUCCAGCUGGCUGUCUGAUGAUGAUCAACAAGCCCAGAAGAUUCUGGGAACGCUUUCCAACGCACAACUGGGAUCUGAAACUCAGAGAAAUUCUGCAGAUGAAUAUGAGAAGUCCAUCACUUGUGUUUAACAUCACUUAGAAACAGAGAUAAGACGCUCUAAACCCCUGACUGAACAGUAAA